UUUGUCGAUAAUUUUAGUAAAAAUUUUGUAAUUUUUGUUGUCCAAACUUGGUUAGAAAAAAUGCAAAUUAACGAGAAUGGCGAAUCAAAUAAUAUCAACAAAAAAAUAGAAACUUCACAAAAUUCUGAAAAAAAUUUGUCAAAUGUUAUAUUUCGAAAUAGAACAAUGGAAAGUUAUGAAAUGAGUCCAGAAUUGGAAGACAACCAUGAAGAAAUUCGAAAAUUGGAUUCUCAAUUAGAUCAUUUAAAUGAAUAUAUGGACAAAGUUGAGGAACGAAUUAAAGCUCAUAAUGACAAAUUAAUGGAAACACUUAAACAACAAAAAGAGGAUAGAGAGAAACGACGACAAAGUUUUCAUGAGCGUCUUGAAAUGGGCCGUAGCGAAGAUGAAGAUUUUCAGAAACAAUUACAUUCGGUUCUAAAUCGUGUGGAUUCAAUUCGUCGAGUCUGA